AUGAAAGCCGGCAGUACCCAGAAAGCAGUCGUGCACCGUAUGAAGGAAAGUCGGAGGGUUUUCACAGGUAACCUGACGUUCUUCAACGACUGGGAACUCUUUUGGUCUUCGGAUGAUACCCAUCUAGAACAGCUGACAUCCACCGGGCCCUUUGCUGGCACACUCAGUUCUUUCAGUACCGGUGUUCGUCUGCGCACCCGUUACCAACAUCUCUUGGAACGUACCUCUCUUGAAAAAACCCCCACCAAGUUCUGGGCUAGUGACUCCAACCGUGUCAUUGAGACAGCUAAGCACUUUGCUGCAGGUUUCUUCGGCAUGGAUUACAAUAUCGCCAACAAAGCUAUCCUACAAGUCAUUUCUGAACAUUCCUCACUGGGUGCUGAUACGUUGACACCUGGACGAACAUGUUUGGCCAACAAGAAAGACGAGAUGGAAGGCCAGCGAAAAGGAUAUCGUCUGUUGAAUGAGUACCGGGCAAGCUACAUGCCUGCCAUUCGCGAACGCCUAGCCAAGCAGACGGAAAUGUACUUCGAGGAUCACGAAAUCUAUGCCAUGCAAGAGAUGUGUGGUUUUGAGAUUACAGUACGCGGUCGCAGCGACUGGUGUAACGUUUUCACUCAGGACGAAUUCCUCAGUUUCGAGUACGCACGAGACGUUCUGCAUUACUAUCGUGCAGGUCCAGGCCAGAAGUAUGCAGCAAGUAUGGGGUGGCUGUGGCUAAACGCGACGACGAAUUUGCUGGUUGAGGGGCCGGGCGCUGGUCCGUUGUUCUUCAGCUUCAAUCACGACGGUGAUAUCGCACCACUCAUGUGUGCGCUUGAUGUCAUCAAUGACGAAGAACAUCUGCCCAUCACGCACAUCGCCCACGACCGUAAAUGGCGAAAGUCUCAGGUUUCGCCUAUGCAUGGACGUAUCAUCUUCGAACUAUUGUCUUGCAAGACAGAUACUCAAUCUUCGCCUGGCGAGUUCGUCAGACUCAACAUCAACGACGGUAUCACCGCUAUUCCGGGCUGCGACAGUGGCCCCGGAAAGAGUUGUCCACUAGCAGAAUUUGCCGCCCGGACAAGGAAAAGGGGAGAAGAAGUCGGAAACUUCAACGAGUUGUGUGGGCUGGACGGUGACGCUGCAGAGCGGAUCACUUUCCUGCAUCAAAAAAGAGAAGUGUAG